ACUGCUACACUGUCAAUUACACUUCAAAUUAACGACAGCAAAGCUGUUAUUGGUAUUUACAGACUGGUGGUGAACUGGUCAUCAUUUACUCUGAAAGAGACAGUCCACUGGCCAAGUGUCUCACAUUUGCAAUCCGGGAGGACGAGAUUCUGGAGGGAGACCACGAGUUCACUGUGAGCAUCUCUCACGUUGAGCC